GGAUCAGAAGAAAUAACAUGAAAAACUAAAGCAAUUAAAAUAAUUGUGAUAUUUUACAUCAUAAAUGGUGUGUCCUGUAGCGACAAUGCAUUGUCGGCUGCAAUCUUAUCGGAAACCGUUGAGCCUCUCUAGUUUCAUUUGCCAUUCGAGCCCCGUUCGACACAGCAGCAUAUACAAUCGCACAUAGUACCGAAAGAGCAGCAACCUGUUUUAUUGCAAAAAAGAAAACAAAAUACAUUCGCGUGGCUGCCGAUAUUCCUCGAUAGUCAAUUAUAAUAAUUCAAGUGUAAAUCUCAUUUCAAAGUAUGAAGUGCGGAAGAAUUUCGUGGACAUGGUUAUCCUUUCUAUCUUUAACAAGCUUUUACGUGUUAAUACAAGCGACCGAACUAGACCCGAUGGCCACAAGGAAGAUACUUCCAGUGUACGCGGUUCUGGAAAAUGCUGAUCUUCUAAAUUCCAGCAGAUGUCGGACGGAGAUAGAUGAAUUUCGGAAUGCGGUGGAUAACCAGAUACUUUGGGCUCUAAGAGCAUUGGAUACCAGUGGCGUACCAUCCGGAGGAUUUGUCGUCGGGAACAACCAUUGGUUAGGAGACCAACUAGGAUGCAAGCUUUUCUCUGAAAAUCGCACGGUAUUUCUAUCGGAGAAAAUACGAAAGAACAAUUCCAUAUACCGGAACCCGAAUGAAGAGUAUUCACCUUUUGAGUUUCGUUUUUUUAUUGCACGUGCGCGGCACAAUAGCACUGUGCAAUAUCAUAUAGAAGUAGAAGACGAAGAUUUGAUCACGCUUGGACUUUGCUUACCGGCAUCCUGCAGCAUAGGCGAUGUUGCCACUAUGCUCGAUAAAGUAUUUCGUAAUGAGACACUUUUCAUUGGAAAACUUUUUAAUAUACACCUCAAGCUGAUCGAAGUCUCCGAUUUGGUGGAUGAUGGUCAAUGGCUACUCUCUGCGGAAAUGAUCUGCAUCAUUCCAACAGCAUUGAACAACGGAAUAGAUGAGAAACGCGAAACCGACAAUGAAGAAUCGGCAUCCCGCGAGUCGGAGCAGCUGAAUCGUUUCAGCCAACGUCUUCUGUGCUUUUCAUUUCUUACUAAUGUAGAGGAAAUAUUUAAGCUGGAAAAGAGUGAAGAUAAACUACGCUUAUUCUACGGUUUGAAAACGGUGACUAUGGUAUGGAUUAUUCUGGGGCACAUAUUAUUCUUCGGAUUUCAUGUUAUGAGUAACACAUGGCUUGUAUAUACAAUGGACGACCUUAUACUGUCGCAAAUCAUAAGCAACUUCACAUUAUCGGUUGAUACGUUUUUCUUUAUGAGUGGUUUUCUGUUAUCAUAUACAUUUCUGAAGGAAAGACGAAAAUAUCAGGGAAUUCCGCCUAUAACAAAAAGGAUGAAUGAAUUUUUUCAAAAGAUUGUCAAACGAUAUAUAAGGCUUACACCUGCAUAUUUCGUUGUCAUACUGAUAACGAUAUUGAAUUUUACCUGGGACGAUCAUGUCUCAGUACUUCUUCCCAUUGAGCAUCCACAUACAAAGUGUUCCAAAUAUUGGUGGACUAACAUACUUUACAUCAACAAUUUCUAUAGAUGGGAUGAGCUAUGUCUCACAUGGAGUUGGUACUUGCCCAAUGAUAUGCAGUUCUUCGUAUUUGGUACUUUUCUCCUAAUGUUAUCGAUCACGCAUUACAAUAUCGCCAUGGGCAUAGGCAUUGUUACGCUACUCUCAUCGAUAGGAUCACUCGUUUACACGGGAUACACUCUUAAUUACCAGCCUACACUAGACGGACAAUAUAGAACGAUGUCAGAGAUUUAUAUACGACCGUGGUGUAGAAUACCGCCAUAUCUCAUAGGAAUGGCCACAUGCCACCUUCUUACAAAAUGGAAUUACAAAUUGCAUUUUUCAAAAAAAUGCUUAAUUGUUGGUUGGUCCUUGGCAAUUUUAUGUAACUGUUCGAUUCUCUUCGGACUCGCGAACAGGAACAUAUCCUUUGGUCUCUCCGUUCUUUAUUUGACCCUCAGUAGAACAUGCUGGGCAUUAGGUAUUGCCUGGCUUGUAGUUGCAUGCACUACGAAUAAUGGCGGUAUCGUGAACAAAAUCUUAUCGCUGGAUAUUUUCAUUAUUUUGGGUAAAUUAACGUAUGGUGCUUAUCUCCUUAACCCUGUUACUAUACUUUUGGCUUACUCUUUAAAUUAUUAUGUUUUAUACAUUAAUAUCGUCACCUUUGGCAUUUACUCCAUUGCAAUGGUUACUUGUAGUUUCAGUGCUUCUAUUCUGUUAUCCGCAACAAUCGAAAUGCCGUUUAUAUCACUUCUGCGAUUGAAUAUUAGUGCACGAAGAAGAACGAAUGAAGUUGGUGGCAAAAAUUAAUCUCAGUCGUCCAAUUAUCAAACUUAUGACAAGAACUUAGCCUUUCAUGUGUCGAAAUAUUGAAAAACAUAUCUUUAUAACAGUGAUCUCUGAACCUAAUGUAAUUGAAUGUUUCAUAACGUUUCCUGGCUCAUUAUUCACAAUGUUGUUUAAUUUAUUAAAAUGCCUGGGAAGAAGAAUUAAUUAAGGGAAUCACUUGCGGCAAAAUCUUACACGUUCUUCUUUAUUGACGAGGAUAUUGUACAUAGGAAAGUGAUUUUGACGAAAACAUAAGCUCAUAUACAAAUAAAUAUAGAUCAUUGAAAAAGGAGAAAAAGUCAUUGCCGUGCAGUACACAGGUGACUUUCUCGCUUUUGUUUUUCGUUCCUAACACUGUCAGUUGCCUUGCGUGUUAAAAACAAAAGCCUUAGAGAACACAAUAAAAAACGCGUGGAUAAUGAUACAAGAUUACAUUACAAAACCAUGAGGUGAGUAAAAAAUGAUCGAAACCUAAUCCAUUAUUCAGGAUUUAAAUGCACAUAGUGUUCGAGACGAGAAAGUGAUGUAGCAGCAAAGAUUAUUUACUGCAAAGAAGGGAGGCUGACAAAGAUUAUUUAUCAGUACGAAUAACUGUCACACUUAAUUUAAACGGACGGUAUAUUAAGUGUUUGAUGUGGUAUGUCAAUUUGAACGUAAGCGCAGACUUAUCCGAAAAAGAAGUCCGAUAACAUCUCGGACGAGACAUGUUGGCAACGAUAAGACACGCUGAUUGGUUAUUUAAAUGUUUUGGAAUUUGCGAGGAUGUUAGAUUCAAUGUCAUUAGUCAUUCUCUUUUUACAAGUGAUGAGACCACUACUACUGGCACCUGGGUUACGUAGCGACUCGAAAAAUUCAUGCCAAAAUAAGAAGUGAGAGAAAGAGAGAAGAGAGAAGAGUCACAAGUUGCUGGUCAACGCAGAAAACUGUUAAUUUCUUAAGCUAUAGAAUAAGUGUUCAAUGGCUUCAUAACGUUAUUAAUGCUAGGAGAGACAGAAUUUUGUGGGUUCAACUAUAAAAAAUUGCAAAAAUGUAUCUAUAUAAAUGGAUAAUAAUAUAAUAAUAAUAUAUAACAUAUAAUAUAAUAAUAUAAUAUAAUAAUAUAGUAAUAUAAAUAUAGAAUAUGAAAUAAAGUAUACGAUGGAAUUCUGCCUCGGUGUAUUAAAUUUGGUCUACAAUAAAGUAUGCAGGACAUUUGUAUGGAACACAGACUGAGC